AUGGCUUCUAAUCCACCUGGGAAGUGCUGCUUCAAGGGGUUCUACCACGAGGGUGAACCAAAAGGCUCGUUCCAAAGAGUGUACGGGUUGGACACGUACGUCGCGCAGGGCGACACCCAACAACCCAAUAGAGUCAUUGUAGUGCUCACGGACGUCUACGGGAAUAAACUCAACAACGUCAAACUUAUCGCUGACCAAUUGGCUAAAGGUGCUUGUGCUCGUGUCCUCGUUCCCGAUAUCUUGAAAGGUGAUGAGAUUACUGACUUGUCAGGGAACGUCGAUUUCCCGAAAUGGUUACAGGGACACACUCCAGAUAUCACAGAACCCAUCGUUAACGGGUUCAUGGAACAAUUACAUGCAGAGUGUAACCCUGGGGCUCAGAUUGGUGUAGUUGGGUACUGUUUCGGUGCUAAAUUUGCUGUACAAUUGUUAGACCCAGCUCAUAAAGCGGGGGCCACCGUGGGCGCAAUUGCACACCCAUCGUUCGUCUCGUUGGAGGAGUUGGCAGCGAUCGGUGCGCACAGACCUUUGCUAGUGUCCGCUGCAGAAACAGACCAGAUCUUUACUCCGGAACUUAGACACUCAAGUGAGGAGAAAUUGAACGAGAUUGGUGCUAUGUACCAAUUGGAUUUGUUCGCAGGUACUCAACACGGAUUCGCCGCAAGAGGUGACGUCUCGGACCGAAGGGUCAAGUACGCAAAGGAAAAGGCACUCUUGGACCAAAUCCAUUGGUUCAAUCAUUUCUUCAAGUAG